AUGUCCUGCAGAUAUCACACCAUCAAGCAUAGCACAAAUGCCCAAGACAGACCCAAACACUUAGACAAAGAACUCAUUAUGCCUCACAAACUUGCCAGUCUCAUGACUGCUGGGCCAAUUCCUGAGGAAACCCACUUUCUGGGUCAUGCAGAUGGAAUACCACUGUUCCAGAUUUCAAUUGGAAUUCCACCCAUAUGUUUCCAUUUUAAUAGGAUUCCAUCCUCACAAAAUGCCCCAGUUUCCAAACAUUUAAAAAAAGGUGGUGCUGUUGUCUCUAACAAUGGAGUGCAACACUCAGGGCAAUCUACUCCAAAAGAUAUGAUUGGCAAACUGAAACUGCAGCACACAGUCCACCCUCCUGAAGGCUGGGAAGAGCACAUGUUUGGCCUGAGAGAUAGAAGACACUCCUUGACACCUCAUCCUUCCAUCACCAACACUCCAAUGCUCCCAUCCCCUUCCCUGCAGCUGGACAACCAAAUCCAUGAUGAGGACUCUGCAAUGGAGGAGGUGGAGAAGAAUCCCAACAACAAUGAAAACAAGGAUGACCAACUGUCCAGUAAUGAGAAUGAGGAUGACCUGCUGUCUGGUAGUGAGAAUGAGGAUGACUGGCUUCCUGGUAGUAAUGAUGAUGACAAGGGUUCUGAUUACAAUGAGAAUGAGAAUGAUGACAAGGAGAUGGAGAGCUUGAGCAACUCCCAUGGGUUUGGUGCCUCUCUGGUCAUGCAAUGGUGGGAUGAUGAUGAUGAUGCACACACUCACAAUGCUCAGACUGUUUCUUGUGCCCAAUCCCCACUUCCCCCAUCCUUUCCACUUGUGUACAAGUCUGGUGACUCUGCCCAUCCUGUAGGGGACAUUGUCCAUCCUUGCCAAGAAGGUGGCCUGAUCUAUACUAGACUUCAGAAGAAGGGUAAAGCUAGAGUGGACAAUGCAAAGACACAAUUUUCUGGAUUGGCAGAGGCAUGGUCCAAUCUUGAGGAUAUUGUGAUAGUUGGAGUGGUAAUGUAUGUUGCACAGGACCCUGCAGGAUGUCAAACUUCUGGCAUAUUUGGAGGCUCUGAGAUGAUAAGAAACUUCAUCAAUGAAAAUGGCACUGAUGUCCAGUCACUCAUGGAUAAGUAUACCAUAAUUUUCAAGUGUCUCAGGAAUGGCAACAGUGUGGAUGCCAGGGUGGCUGGCACCAGUUCCAUUGGAGAUAUGGGUUCUGCACUGGAACUAUGUUGCCAUACAAAGGAGACUCUGAGAGACUGCAACCACAGAGUAUUCAAAAGCAUGAUGAAGGAGAAGAUGUUGGCUGCAUUGAGGGAUCUGCAUGUCACACAUGGCAUUGAAUUUUUGCAGAAGAGCCACCUCACUAUUGUCAACUGGCCCCACAGUGUAUCUCCACCAGGCCCUGGUUUUGAGUACAAGAAACUUAAGGCUGGUGCUCUUCAUCAACUUGUAGUACCUUACCUUCAGAGAAAACUGGGUCUUUUGUAUGAUGGGCAAACCAAUGAUGAAGAAGAACAAGAUAGUCUGGAUGAUGUGCUGGAAAUUGAGAUUAAGUGCUGGAACAAAGAGGUCAUUGAUAUUUCAGAUGCUGACCCUUUGAAGAGUGAGAUUGCACUCAUCAAAGCUACUGAUGGUACUGUUUUGUGGCAGAUCUCAGAUGAUCCAGAGUGGCAGAAGUCCCUCAAGGAAACAGAUUGCUGGCAGCAAGACAUGGAGGUCCUUUGA